AUGAGGAAAGAAAUCGUUUUGCUCCUAAAAGAAAUAAUUACCCACUGUACACUCAAGGAUCAAAUUCACCAAAAAAGGAAAAAUCCACAUGGUAGAACACAGCCAACAGACAGGACAGCGAUGACAACAACGGAAAAAUCAGGGAAAAUCAGGGCAAAUGAGAUAGUGAUGAAUAUGAUGGAACAACAAGGACAAAGCCGUACACAUGAGGUACAGAUGAGUAUGAUGGAACAACCAGGAAACAGCCGUAAACAUGUGGUACAGAUGAAUACAAUGGAACAACUAGGAAAAAGCCGAACAUAUGAGGAUGUGAUGAAUACGUUAAAACAACCAGGACAAAGCCGUACACAUGAGGUACAGAUGAAUACGAUGGAACAACCAGGACAAAGCCGUACACAUGAGGAAGAGAUGAAUACGAUAGAACAACCAGGACAAAGCCGUACACAUGAGGAAGAGAUAAAUACGAUGGAACAACCAGGACAAAGCCGUACACAUGAGGAAGAGAUGAAUACGAUGGAACAACUAGGACAAAGCCGUACACAUGAGGAAGAGAUGAAUACGAUGGAACAACCAGGACAAAGCCGUACACAUGAGGAAGAGAUGAAUACGAUAGAACAACCAGGAAAAAGCCGUACACACGAGAUAGAUAUGAAUACGUUAGAACAAGCAGGACAAAGCCGUACACAUGAGGUAGUGAUGGAUACCUCAAAACAACCGGGACAAAGCCGUACACAUGAGGUAGAGAUGAAUACGAUGGAACACCCAGGACAAAGCCGUACACACGAAGUAGAGAUGAAAACGUUAGAACAACCAGGACAAAGCCGUCCACAUGAGGUAGAGAUGAAUACGAUUGAACAACCAGGAAACAUCCGUACACAUGAGGUACAGAUGACUACGAUAGAACAACCAGGACAAAGCCGUACACAUGAAGUAGAGAUAAAUACGAUAGAGCACGCAGGACAAAGCCGUACAUAUGAGGUAGACAUGAAUGCGAUAGAACACGCAGGACAAAUUCAUACUCAUGAUGUAGACAUGAAUACGAUAGAACACCCAGGACAAAGUCAAACUCAUGAUGUAGACAUGAAUACGAUAGAACAACCAGACAAAGCCGUACAAAUGAGAAAGUAA